CUACUGUGUUCAGCAAGAGUUGGUUCGCUGUCCUUACAUCCCAUCAGCAUGAAGGUGUCUCUUGGCCUCGGCCUCCUCCUGGCUAUCCUAGACUCAGGGACCACUCUUCAGUGUGAGGUUUGUCACAGCAUAGGAAAAACCUGCUCUGGCCCCCUGAAAACCUGUAGUGGUGAUGAAAAUACCUGUGGCACCAUUCUGCAUGAGGCCACAAUAGGGGGGAUGGUAAUCUCUUCAUCCAUCAAGACCUGCCUAAUGUCCAGUGUGUGCCAUCUGGACGCUGUCACCAUGAACUAUGGGAAAGUAAAAGGAAGAACUGGCUUGGCCUGUUGCACGGGUGAUGCCUGUCGAACAGUGUCAGUCUCAUUGCUGCCAGUGGACAUUGUGCCCAAUGGAUUACAGUGUCCUGCCUGCUACAGCAUAGACUCCUUCCAAUGUGAUAAUGAAACUGUAAAUUGCACUGGAUCUGAAACACAAUGCAUUGACCUUGCUGGAUUGAUAAAUUCUGGUGGACUGUCUAUGAAAGUUGCCAUGAAGGGCUGCACCACCAUGUCUGAAUGCAAUGAUGCAGGAGAAGGGAAGAAGCAACUGGGAAUGAUGGACAUGAAAAUAAGGCAGUUCAAAUGCAAACCAGCCUCUCUUUUGGCCAUAGCGCGUUCUGGCCUCCCCCCUCCAAAACCCCUCUUUCUCCCUGUCCUGUCAGGAUUAAUCCUGGCGAAGGUGCUUUUCUGAUGCUCCCUAGGCCUGGGAUAAGAAAAACCCUUGUAAAAGUCUGGCAGUGGUUUGCACAGAUUCCUGUUUGCUCUGCCUUCUUGUGCAUUGUGGUCCGUUUCCAGAUCAGCUCUUGUUCUCUUAUUAUUUUGCAGAAUAAAGACAGUACUUAUA